AUGACGGGAGGCACCCUCAACUUCAUCACCUUCAACCAGGACUACAGCUGUCUGGCUGUUGGCACCUCCAAGGGCUUUCGCUUCUACCACACUGAUCCCUUCUCCAAGAUUUUCAGCAGCGAUGAGGGCAAUGUAUCCAUUAUCGAGAUGCUGUUUUCUACCUCGCUAGUAGCUUUGAUCCUGACGCCUAGGCAACUCGAGAUCCAGAACACCAAGGUAGACCAGCCCUCCCAGCGCCACUGUUUAGCCUCCGAACUCAGACUAAUGCGGCGACCCAUUCUACCAACCCAGAGAGCGUCCGUGAUUUGCGAACUUACCUUUCCCUCUGCCGUCCUAGCUGUCCGUCUGAACCGCAAACGCCUAGCCGUGGUGCUCGAAUGCCAGAUCUACCUCUACGAUGUGUCCAAUAUGAACUUGGUCCAGACCAUCGACACCUCGCCGAACCCCAACGCCAUUUGCGCCCUCUCUCCCUCGUCCGAUUCCUGCUAUCUGGUCUACCCCCGUCCCAAUCCGCGAGAAGACGUCGGCGCCAAGGCUCCCGCACACCUCCCGCCACCAAGCCAAUAUGUCCCGCCCAAGCGCGGCGAUGUGCUUGUCUACGAUGCCCUUAACCUUAAGACGGUUAACGUCGUCGAGGCCCACAAGUCCCCUCUAUGCGCCAUCGCGCUCAACCACGACGGCAGCAUGCUCGCCACCGCUUCCGAGACGGGCACCAUCAUCCGCGUCUUCUCGCUUCCCCAAGGCCAAAAGCUCUUCCAGUUCCGCCGGGGCACGGUUCCUACUUCGAUCUACAGCAUGUCCUUCAACCUGAGCUCCACGCUUUUGUGCGUCUCGUCGACUUCGGAUACCGUGCACAUCUUCCGUCUGCUCAACACCCAAAAGAACGCGAAUGCGCUGCCAGGGGGUGGCCCGGCGCAGGGGAUCCGGUCGCGAAGCUUUGACGUCAAUGAUCCCUCUCCACACAAAGGGGAAGUACCGUCUGCGGGCAAUGGUAACAACGGCUCUAGUAGUCACAAAAGAGAGCCAAGCGGUUCCUUCGGUAACAUGCUCAGGCGGUCAUCGCAGAUGAUGGUCCGCGGUGUGGCUGGCGUGGCUAGCUCGUACCUCCCACAGUCGGUCGCGGAGAUGUGGGAGCCAGAGCGAGAUUUUGCGUUUAUCAAGAUCCCAAAGUCUUCUAACAGCAGGGCGGGUGGGCUGAGCGCGACGCCGCUUAGGAGCGUGGUGGCCAUGAGCAGUAGCUCGCCGCAGGUCAUGGUGGUUACGAGUGAUGGUGGUUUCUAUGUUUACAAUAUUGAUAUGGAGAAGGGAGGAGAGGGUUAUUUGGUGAAGCAGUUCUCGGUGCUGGACGGCGACGACAAGCUUAUGAACUCGGACUAUGGAGCCUAGGAGGACAUUGAAACAGACGCAGCUGUCGGAAACGAUUUCGAAUUUGUCGAAGACGACCCUAUUGACGCUGAACGCUAGUCGCUGAUUGGACAGAGAGUCUCGUUUCGUUUCCCGUGUGGCAUCGACAACCCAUUUCAACCGAAGGAAUUUUGCGUAACGUUGAGGGGCGGCGGACCCCCUAAUAUAUUUGCAUCAGACGAAUAUCUUGUCGCUACGGCUGAGCGACCAAGUCUCACAUCG